AUGUCUUCUAGAUACAGAAUAGAAUACCAACUUAAACAACACAGAAAAGACGAGUUUAUUGAGUGGAUAAAGGGUUUAUUAGCUGUUCCAUUUGUUUUACACUCUGUCGAUCCGGUAAACAAUAACAACUCCCAAUACGAAGAUGAAAAACUUGAUUCUAAUACAAAUGCAGCCCACAAAAAGUAUUUAUCAAUAUUUAAAGAUAUCGAAGAUUUGGUGUGGGAAAAACUUCAAUUAAGUAAUUCCAGAAACUUGACUAUUAGAGAUCCAUUUCAAACAGAACAACAGCAACAAGAAGAUUCCCUUACUCUAGAUUUCCAAAAAAGUGGUGUUUUCGACGUACAAAGUAGAUUGGAUCAAUUAGUACCUUCCAUCGGACCUAUGUUUACUGGCUUACCUUUAACUAAAGCUUUUAUAUUGGAAGAUUCCAAAAAAAAAAUUAGUUGCAGGAGGUUUGUUUCACCAAGUUUUAACGAUAUUAGACACAUUUUAAACACUGCUCAGAUUUUGCAAUUCGGUACUGCUCAGAAUGACGUAAGAUUGAUAACUUUUGAUGGAGACGUUACUUUAUAUGAGGAUGGUGGUAAUCUUACAACAACUAACAGGGUUGUUCCACGGAUAAUUUCUUUGUUAAAAUUGGGGGUGAAAAUUGGUAUAGUAACUGCCGCUGGGUAUGAUGAGCCUGAGAAAUAUGAAGAAAGAUUGUACGGGUUGAUUCAAUUAUUACAAAAUGAUAUUGGUAUGGAUUCAGUAUUAAAAAAAAAUUUGUUAAUUAUGGGUGGUGAAUCCAACUAUCUGUUCCAAUAUUCGGAGACUAAUAAUGCUGGUAGUGUUGAGGGCCAUUUUGUUAAGAUUACUCCACAGUCGGACUGGCUUCUAGAAAGUAUGCAAAAAUGGUCUGCUCGUGACAUGAAUGCUACAUUAGACUUGGCAGAAAUUUUAUUUGAAACACUAAAGGAAAAAUUGAAUUUGCCUAAAGAAUCAAAAAUCAUUAGAAAGGAAAGAGCAGUUGGCAUUGUUCCUGGAUACAUUCAAUCCAAAGAAAAUGCUGGGGAAAUGAUAAGAUUGACUUUCCAGAGAGAACAAUUAGAAGAGAUGGUUUUAACUGUACAGAAACAUCUGGAACGCUUUCCACCGGCGAAUCGAGUUAAGUUUAGCUGUUUUGAUGGUGGAAAUGAUUGCUGGUGCGAUAUUGGGGGGAAAGAUUUGGGGCUAAAAAUUUUACAAAAAUACUUUCAUGAAAAAGUUGAUAAUAAAAAUAAGAGUGGAGCAAUCCAACCCUCGGAGACUUUACACAUUGGCGAUCAAUUUGCUCCAAUGGGAUCGGCUAAUGAUUUCAAAGCAAGAUUAUCUGGAUGUACUUUAUGGAUUGCUAGUCCCAAAGAGACUGUGGAUGUGUUGGAUUUACUUUUGACACAAAUUGAAGGGGGAAAAGAAAGUAAAAAGAAGUGA